UAGCUGCUGUUCCUUUAAGAACGACCACACGUACAAGUAAAAAACAUAUGCGUCAAAUAUUUAAGACUAUUUAUAUCUAUGAAGAGCAGGGUGUCCAUGGAAACAGCGUCAACAAACGUUAGCCUGUCUGAGAAGCCAUGAGUGUCCCGGGUAAACCGCGUUCAGUGGUUCGGCAGCCGCGUGAAGUUGCGCGCGACAGUGACGUGUUUCACGCCGCUACGUGUGGAAGCCUCGAGUGGUUGAGUUUGAGUCUGAAGCGAGCGCAGAAACCACUGCACACUGACAAACACGGUCUUAGUGUUCUUCAUAUAGCAUCACUCUAUGGACAUUUGGAGUGUAUGAAGCUCCUGCUGAACGCUGGUGAUGUUGUGGACGUCAAUGCUGUCUGUCCUCGUGGACGCAGACCCAUACACAUGGUGUUAACUGCUCAGAGUCGACCCAACACACACGCCUGUCUCACUUACCUGCUGGACCAUGAAGCACAGACCAAUGUGACAGAUGAAGGGUUGAGUCCAUUGCAUCUGGCUGCUGCUGAAGGUCUGAGAGACUGCACUGAGACACUUGUGAGAAAUAAAGCAGACACACACGCUCGAGACAACAGAGGUCACACGGCGCUUGACCUAGCUCGCAUCUGGGGUCACAGGUCCAUUGCCAGGUUUCUCAAAGAUGCCAUGUGGAAGAAAGACAAAGAGCAGGAGAAGGUGAAACACAAACAGCUGCAUCAACUCCGACAGGACCUGCUCACAAUGACAGAGAGCAGAGAAAAGAUGGUCAGAUUGUGUGUGAAAAAACAGACAAGGAGGCAACGCCCCAUAAAUGUCAAGCAAACCCCCCGACAUGCCUUCUGUCAACCUGCUGAGCUAGAGUCGACAGAUGAUCCCAGAAAAUGUCACCCUGGCAAACAGACAGAAAAUUGUAGCAUCUCAACCAUCACUUCCAAACCUCCUCCCGGGAGCAUCGGUCGAUCUCGGGGGGUUCCAUCUGCGACAAAUUUGCAUCAUAGUGUGAGGCUCGACUGCUGGAAAGAUGGCCGCUCUCGCUACAUGGCUUCAUGGGAUGGCGUUGAACAUUCAUUGCCCGACCUGCCACUGAACGAUCUUUUGAAAGGUCUGCUUCCAUAUGCGUUCCCAUCCCGGAUUGAAUCUCCUCUGGAUUUUCAGAGUUCUAGUGUGCUUGAUGUGCCUCGGUUAGGCCGGACCUUAAAACCUGAUGGAUCACCGUGGACCGAGGUGGCCAUGCAUCUUACAGAGGAGUUCCAGCCAGGACACUAUUAGACCAGCUGAAGAGAUCAAUAAAGAAUUUAUUGCUGAAAUGUUUUUCUUUCAUAGUUCAGGAGAUUUGAUGAGUAAUAUCAACUUAGUCUCAGAUGUUUCUCUGAAAAGAAAUAAAAAGAGAAUCAAAUGAGAGUGUUGAAACACAUGAAUAGUCUGGAAGUAUAAAUGAAUGUAGAUUGUAGCUGUCAAAUCAUCUGGAUUUGAGAGAAUUUGAUGAGAAAUCU